GCCUGACCCCACAAGUAUUAUGAUCUUUGACGAGUGCUGGAGUGCACAACCGCCGGAGUCAAGUUAAAUCUCUUUUCUAUGCUGCUGAGUUCUGAGCAGAGUACAGCUUGCCGUUUGCAUUUGCACAGUGUGUGUCUGAUGCGCUGAUGUUUAUGAUUUUGAUGCAAAAGAAAACAAAUAUUUUUUGAUAAUCUAAAUUGUGUUUACGUUAAUCGUAAUAAUUGUUUUAUUAAGUUAAUUAAAUUGUUUAAAACUUAAUUUUUACUGUGCAGUAUAUGUUGCAGAUUGAGAAUUUCAUAUUGGGAGGUCUGAGGAAUACCUACAUUACGGUUUAAUGGUCUAAAGGGUAAAGUAUGAUAUUAUGUUACAUUUUAUUUUAAUUAUUUCAAAUUUUAUUUUGAGGCUUCUCAAAUGCUUACAUGUACCUAUAACUAUUUUAGUAUUGUAUUAUUUGAUUUUAGUAUAUACAAUUUGUGGCUGCUUAUAUUAUUAUUUUUCACCUACGAACGCUGAAUGGAAAGUUGUCAAAUAAUGGCUGAGCACACUGUAUAUAAUUUGGAACCCAUUGAAGAGUGUGAAUAUGAAUUUGAGGAGGUUGACAACAGUGAUCUUUUUUAUACUGAUGAAGUUAUAAACAAAUAUAUGGAUCUAAUCACAGAACGUUCGCCUGACACAGUUUAUGCAUUUAAUACAUAUUUUUACAAAGCUCUAUCUGCCAAUGGAUACCCUUAUGUUUGUCGUUGGACAAAAAAAAUUGAUAUAUUCUCUAAGAAAAAAUUGUUCAUACCUAUUCAUAUUGAAGAUCACUGGUGUUUAGUGUGUGUUUGCUUACCACAAAAAUCCAUUAAAUAUUAUGAUACCAUGGGUGGACGUAAUUUUAAAUGCUUAAAAACAAUAUUGAAAUAUUUGAAUUUUGAAUAUCGUGACAAAAAAAAAAAAAAAUUUCAUCCAAGAGGCUGGUUAUUAGUGAAUGUGAAAGACUGCCCUCAACAAUCGUAUACUUGGGAUUGUAGAGUAUUUGUAUGUGUUUAUGCGGAGCACAUAUCGAGAGGGGCUUCUCUAGAUUUUUCACAAGAACACAUAGAAAAAGUCAGGAGACAAAUACCAUUAGAAAUUAAGAAGAAAAAACUAAUAAAAUCUGAACCUAGUCAUCUUUUUUAUAAUGAAGAAGUUAUAAACGAAUAUAUGGAUCUAAUCACAGAAAGUUCGCCCAAUACAGUUUAUGCGUUUAAUACAUUUUUUUACCAAGGUCUGUCUGAAAAUGGAUACUCUGAUGCUGGUCGUUGGACAAGAAGAAUUGAUAUUUUCUCAAAAAAAAAAUUGUUCAUACCUAUUCAUAUUGAAGGUCACUGGAUUUUAGUGUAUGUUUGCUUUCCACAAAAAUCCAUUAAAUAUUGUGAUACCAUGGGUAGACGUAAUUUGAAUUGCUUAAAUUUAAUAUUGAAAUAUUUGAAAUUGGAACAUCAUGACAAAAAAGGAGAAUGUUUUAAUACAAAUGGCUGGUCAAUGAGUAAGAAAAACUGCCCUCAACAAUUGAAUACUAGGGAUUGUGGAUUAUUUAUAUGUAUGCUUAUUGAUUAUUUUUUAAGAGGCACCCCGUUAGAUUUUUCACAACAACACAUGGAUAAAUACAGGAGACAAAUAGCAUUGGAAAUCAAGAAGAAAAAACUAAAAAAAUCUGUACCUAGUCAUCUUUUUUAUAAUGAUGAAGUUAUAAACAAAUUUAUGGAUGUAAUCACAGAACGUUCGCCUGACACAGUUUAUGCAUUUAAUACAUUUUUUUACAAAGCUCUAUCUGCCAAUGGAUACUCUCAUGUUAGUCGUUGGACUAAAAAAAUUGAUAUAUUCUCAAAGCAAAAAUUGUUCAUACCUAUUCAUAUUAAAAAUCACUGGUGUUUAGUGUAUGUUUGCUUUCCACAAAAAUCCAUUAAAUAUUAUGAUAGCAAGGGUGGAUGUAAUAUGAAUUGCUUAAAAUUAAUAAUGGACUAUUUGAUGUUUGAACAUAUUGACAAAAAAGAAGAAGUUUUUAAUCCAAAAGGCUGGUUAUUGAUGAAUGUGAAAAACUGCCCUCAACAGUUGAAUACUUGGGAUUGUGGAGUAUUUGUCUGUUUGUUUGCGGAGCAUUUGUCUAAAAGUAUUCCGCUACAUUUUUCACAAGAUCAUAUUGGUACAUUCAGGAGACGAAUAGAAUUAGAAAUCAAGAAGGAAAAACUAAAAAAAUCUGUACCAGAAACUUAAGGGGCUUCCAGCCGGUGAUUUUCUGUCCUUGCAGUCAUAGCUUGACAUAGUAUUGUCAAAGGUGGGCAUAAACUAGUUAAAAAGUUAAUUUUUUUUUAACUUUUCAACUUAACUAGUUAGUUUAUUUUAUAAUCUAAAGACAAAAACUGGUUCCCCCACGCAACACCCCUCAACCAACAUUUCUGUUUGUUUUCUUAAAAACAUAAUUUUGUGUAUAUUAAUAUAUUUUAUUAAGUUGUAAAUUAUAUAUAAUGUGA